GGCUAUCCCCCUCAGUUCUUGACUUGAUUCUCCUGUUAUUGUCCUGCAAACCCACAUCCCUACAAAGCAGGAAAGUGUGCCUGGGAGAGGCCAUGUGAGUGGCGAGCCAGCCCAAAGCCAGGCGUCCAGGGUCUCCCUCACCUGAAGCUGACUUUUUCCCCACCUUGGACAGAGGGCGGGAGAUGCCAUCCCCACUGAACCCAGUGCUUUCACCAGCCAUAUUAGCUCCCACCCACCCCCUGUCAUGGAAGCCUCGGCUGUCACACCUGCAGGGCUGGGGCAUGCGUGGCCUCAGGGAUGGCCUGUUCAGCUGCUGAGUGACUCGGGUCCGGUGCCUCACCACCUGCUGAGCUCUGUGUGCUUUCUGGGCACUUCUGCUCAUUGCCUUUGGGCUCAGUGAAGAGUCUGGAGUUUAUCUGGAGUGAGGUGGUCAGGACUUGGUGAGAUCUGAGCAGGUCCCAGCUUCCAGGAUUGUGAGGUGAAGACGUGAAGGGACCCUGGAGGUCAUGGGGACCCAGGCACAGAGCGGCGGCCUCUCAUCCUCCCCAUGGUCAAGGAGGUUGCUGCCUUCCCGGGAUGGGUUAUGAAAGGACAGCAUCUGGCUCCUUCCCUCGGCUCGUGGCCCUCAGGGUCUGCAUCACACACACCCCAGCUCUCCCGACGGGUCUCUGCACUCGCUGUUGCCACUGCCUGGAGCAGUCUUUCUCCUGGUGUCAUCGUCUCCGUGGUGCGUCCUUCCUGACCUUCCACCUCCACCAGGGACUGGUCACUCACGUUCAUCCGGCAGACCGGACCGUGGAGGGCUCCAAAGCUGGCACAUCCUGGGGCCUCCUCUGUCUCUCCCAGGCCCUGUGUGUUGCGGUGAGAGGAGCAUUUGUGUCUCUGUGGUUUGCUGCUGGAGCUAAUGACCUGGAGAGAAACAAGGGAGAAAAGGGUGUCCAGACAGGUGCAGGGCUCAGCCAGGAGGCAGAAGACGUGAAUGUGUCCCGGGCAGUGUCACCAGGCACUCUGUGUGGCACUGGGAACAGGGAUUCUGGGAGUCAGUCUGUAAGGGUGGCGGGCAUUGCUCCUCUGGGAGAAGCCUUUCCAGUGGGCGUUGAGCAGGCCGUUAGCUCGUGCCCUGAGAAGGUGCAUGGGUGGCCUGGGGUCUCCACGGAAAUUACAUGGGCGCGCAUGGGUGUGGCUCUGCAUUCAUGUGGGCGAGGACUUCUGACUGGUGCCGGGGCACUCUGCAUGACCCUGGCAGAAUCAGGCUGCCCCAACUGUGGAAGGGGAAGAAGAGCAUGCCUGACCCCCCACCCAGAACCGCACCCCUCACUGCUCCACCUGGGGCUGCCUCUGGGGGUGGCUGGGUCCUGGCUGACUGUGGUGACAGUUGAGGCCAGGGGUGGGUGGGGCAUGGGAGUUAAGAGGACUGGCCAGGUGGGGCAUACUGUGUGCCCACCCCCAGUGUCAGGAACUUCCCUCCUCCUCCACCCCCUCGUCCUCCUCCUCCUCAUCAUCCUCACUUGUUGAGGAUGUCCUGUGUGCCAGGUGGUUUAUAUGUCCAGCCUCAUUUAAUCCUCAGAAUGACUCCAUGAGGUAGCUACUAAAACCCCCACUUAACAGAUGAGGAAACUGAGGCCCAAAGAAGCUCAGCAAGUUGCCUAAGGUCCAAGCUUCCUCUCACAACUCUCCUACCCUCUCCUCUUCCUUCUCCUCUCUCCCAUUCUUCCCUGCCUCUUCCUUAACUAGACAAUUUUUUAUCGAGCAUCUCCCAGGUGCAGGCAUGAGCCAGGUGCAGGGAAGAUCACGAUGACCCAGCUCCUUCUGGUCCUUUCCUUAGCUGGUUAGAGGCUGGGAGGACACGCAAGUUCAGCUCCAGCCGAUUGGGGCAUUGGUGGUAGCCCCUGGAGAACUUGUGCAAUGGGGCUAUGAGGCUGAAUCUGGCUCCAGGAAAGCAUGUUGCAAUCCACGAGUGAUGUCUGCCAUGCGCACAGGCAUGGAGAGUGAGGCACCUGUGCUGUCUUCUCGUAGACCCUAGACUGGUGGGGCCUCUGAAACGCACCCAGACACUGUGCUGGGUGUGCUGCAUAGCCCUCCUAACCAAUUCAGUAUUUUUCUCUCCAUUUUCCAGGGAGAAAUCAGAAUCUAAGGUGCCAGAAUGUAAGGUUCCUGUUGGAACCCAGGCUCCAGGGUCCCUAGUUUUCUGUGACAUCAUGCUGCAGGACCCUGUUUCUCUCUUUGCUUUGGCUGCUGGGUAGCUCAGAAGGGAGCUUUAGGCUUGCCCUCAGCCACCACAUUAGCUCAGGGGUUUGGGCAUUUUUGUCGCCGGCUCCUUUGGGCUCUUUGUCCUCCCUGCUGUGCUUCCCGAGGAGCAGGCCGGAUGUAAGUUAUCAGCUAUAAAUAAAACCAAGACUUCCGUUCUGGCUCUCA